CGUAAAUGGUGACAUUUGACUACGUAGCGAUAGAUGACGGAAGCCAUAUGCGCUCCAUUUUAAAGUCAAUUAAUUGUCACUCAAAUAUGGUUGGGGGACAUAGAGUUGCCUCGCAAGCCCAGAAGCUUACGCAUGUACAGCCUCUUGUUUAGAUUGUGUGGCCCUGGGCCCUUUCACGAUAGCAGGUUGUAAUUUUCAAUUAUGUUGCACCAUUACUCCGCCAGCAAAGCGGCUUUGUUUGGUCGGAGAGCCAUCUGCUGCCGCCGGGUCGUCCAAAUUGGGAACCGGGUUGCCGCUUUAUCGACGGACACAGGGAAUACAGGUCAUGCUAAUUCAUCUAGCGAUGCAGUCCACGUAACCAUCGUCGGCGGUGGGGCUGCUGGGCUAACAGCGGCCUUCUUUGCAGCGGAGCAUGGGGCGAAGGUGACGGUCCUGGAACGCACCCGGGAGGCCGGCAAGAAAAUCCUCAUGUCUGGCGGGUCCCGAUGCAACGUGUUGCCCCUGGAGGUGGACCUGUCCGCUGACUACCACAGCGACAGCGCUCCCUCCGCCGUGAGGGCGGUGUUCGCCUCUUGGAACCUGGAGGCGUGCAGGGCCUGGCUGGAGGAUCCCUACUGGGGUGUGGGUGUGGAUCUGCAGCUCGAGGAGGAAACCAAAAAGUAUUUUCCCAGCAGCAACUCCUCUCGCGAGGUUCGUGACAAGCUGGUGGCCGCCUGCCUGGCUCGCGGUGUCACCUUCCGCUACGACGCCAGCGUGGAGGCGCUGCAACCCCUGCUGCAGUCGCCACCACCACCUCCACUGCAUGAGGAGCAGCAGCAGCAGCAGGAACAGCAGCAGCAGGAACAGCAGCAGCAAGGGCUAACGCAGUUGCAGUUGCAGGGACAGGGGCAACAGCAGGGUACGGGGCAGGGUCAGCACCCACUCGGGGCGGUGGUGGAUGGUGAUGGUGACAGGGCCGACAUGGCUGUACGACAGCAUCAGCUUGGAAGCGGCGGGGAGGCCGCAGGACCGUCCCACUCCAGGGAUGGCUCACAAGGCAGCAGCAGCAGCAGCACCAAUAGCGGUGGCGCCGUGGCUAAGCGCGGCAAGAAGGCGCGAAGAGGUCCGCGGGAGAACCCGGUAGCAGCAGCAGCAAGCGAUGCGGUUGCUGCUGCUGCUGCCCCCGCCGCUGGUGCUACCACACGGUGGCUGUGUCGGCUGCGGGAUGGCAGUGAGCACGUGACGGAUAAGCUGAUCAUCGCCACAGGCGGUCUGAGCUUCCCAGCAGUGGGCACCGAUGGCACAGGCCACCGCAUGCUCCAAGCCCUGGGCCACCGCCUGUCGGAGCCCUACCCCGCCCUCACACCCCUCAAGGGACCCCAUCCCGCGGGACAGCAGCUGGCUGGGGUGUCCAUGUACGACAUAGAACUGUCCGUACAACUGCCUGGAUCCAAACGGCCCAAGGUUUCGGAGCGUACGGCACUGCUGUUCACGCACAAGGGCUACAGCGGUCCUGCUGUACUGGACUUGAGCCAUUUCGCGGUUCGAGGGCUGGAGAGGGGAGGUGGUGACUCUGAAGGGCAUGUCGCAGUGGCGCAACAGAAGGAGUCAUCGCAGCAGCCGAUAUCGGCGCAGCAGCACUCCAGGCAAGCCAAGCAGCAAGUCGUGAAACAGACGGUUGCUGCUGCCGCCAGCCUCGCCGAAAGCAGCGGUGGCGGUAACAGCAAUAGCAGCAGCAGCAGCACCAGCGGCAACGGCAAUAGUAACAGCAGUAGCGGCGGCAGUGGCAACAGCACCAGCGGCAACGGCAAUGGUAACAGCAGUAGCGGCGGCAGUGGCAGCAGCACCAGCGGCAACGGCAAUAGUAACAGCAGUAGCGGCAGCAGCAGCAGUGGCAGCAGCAGCGGCUACCUGUCGCGGGGUCUACCCUCCAUUCGUGUCAACUGGACGAGGGAACCUGCGGCGGUCUGGGAUGAACGCAUACGGUCCGGAGGAACGCUGCUGGUAUCCACGCUGCUCCAGCGACAUGGGUUGCGGGAGCGGCUGGCUGAGGCGCUGGUGACGGAGGCCGGGCUGUUGGGGACACGCGUGUGCGAUGUACGGAAGAGCCAGCGGGCGCAAUUGGUGUCUUUGCUAACGUCGUACGAGCUGCCGUACUCGGGUCACGAGGGCUACAAGAAGGCGGAGGUGACGGGGGGUGGAGUGCGGUUAGAGGAGCUGGACUGUGCCACGCUGGAGAGCAGGCUGCUGCCCGGAUUGUUCCUGUGCGGCGAGUGCGUUGACGUGUUCGGGCGUAUUGGGGGCUUCAACUUCUACUGGGCUUGGGUUUCGGGGCGCUUGGCGGGAGUGGGCGCAGCGCAGGGAGGCCUGCAUCCGAGGACAAGUAGCGCGGGUCGCAACACCAGGAAGACAACAACAACAUAUCAGACCCAAGCCGCCACCGUGACUCCUGCUGUGGGAGCCGCCGCCGCGGUGUGAUACCGGUAGUGUCAGCCGCUGCUUCAGCGAUUCCCUGCAGCCACGUUUGGAGUGUUUGGAGGGUUGAAGUGCGGCAGACGUGGUUAGCUGGGAAGCUGGUCUGGCGGGGUGCUGAAGCAAAUCGAAGGGGAAAAGAGAAAUGAGAAGUGGAACACAGUCCCAUGUACUGAUCCAUGCAGUGAGCGAUUUUAGGGGGGUGGAUGUUUACGUUUAGUGGGAAUGAUAGGGACGCCAAUGUGGAGGUGGCUGCUGUUGGUGUUGGCGUUUGAUGCAUGCCGUUUAAAUGCAAAAUGGAAGCGCGUUGGGGCGUAGCGAACGGACGUACAGACCUGUUGCCACUGUUCAGAGGUGUGUCAACAGGCCUGGUAGCUGACUGCUUGCAGUACGCGUGUCACACAAUUAUAGUAUUAGUAUAUGACGCACGAUGUGUUUUCAGGUGCUAUGUGUCAUGUUCCAACUGCCACGGGACGUCGUACAGAUGUCGACAAAAACAUGUAGCUUCUCUUCUUCC